GGACCACAUGCAGGCUUAGGAAAGAGUGAUGAAAAUGGAGAAUAUGAGAGUGAAGCAUUUUGUGCCUUUUCUUUUGCUUCUUUGCUUGGCAAGAUUCUGUACCAAUAUUGUUACAGCUGACCAAUACUCAUCGGGGAAGAAGCAUUUUGUGCUGGUUCAUGGAGCUGGUCACGGAGCGUGGUGUUGGUAUAAGCUGGCAACUCUAUUGAACUCCACAGGUCACAACGUUACAACUCUAGACCUUGCAGCAUCUGGGAUCAACCCGAUCCAGGUACAGCAAGUUCAUUCGUUCUCAGACUACGCUGAGCCAUUGAUCAAACUUCUGGGGUCUCUGUUACCAAAGGAGAGGGUUAUCCUGGUCGGCCACAGCAUGGGUGGGGCCGUGAUAUCAAUUGCCAUGGAGAGGUUCCCUGAGAAAAUUGCUGCUGCUGUUUAUGCCACUGCUUUUAUGCCUGGCCCUGCUCUCAGCUACUUGACUAUUUUAGAGAAGAAUAAGGAAAGAUCGGUGUUAACUGACACUCAGUAUAGAUAUGAUCAGGGGGCCAACAAUCCUCCAACCUCGCAACUCUUCGGACCAAAACAAUUGUCUUCGAGACUGUACCAGCUAUCGCCACCAGAGGAUCUAAAACUAGCAUCGUCAUUGGUGAGAUUUUUCCCUCUAUUAAUUGAAGAAAUAAAACUCACCGAGGAGAAGUACGGAUUCGUUCCAAGAGUUUUCAUCGUGUGUGACCAAGAUCUUGCAAUAGAUGAGGAUCUGCAAAUGUGGAUGAUCAGGAAAAAUCCCCCAAAUGAAGUGAAGGUGAUAAACGGUUCCGAUCACAUGGUCAUGUUCUCUAAACCAUUGGAGCUGUUCUCCAACCUCCUGAAGGUUGCUGAGAAAUAUUCCUAAAGUUCAUUACUGCCUAGCUAGUUAUUAAUUACUAGUUAUUAGAAGCCUAGAAUAAUUUCAUCGUCAUUGUACGAACGAUUGUAGUAGAUUAGCUACCCUCUCUGGUGACUAUCUAUAUACAUGUAUGAAUUUCUCAGAAAAUAAGUCACAUAUUUGGGAUAUAUAAACUAUUCUUACAAAAUUA